UGUAGCGAGGCGGGUGGACGGCCUCCGAGAGAAGCCGGGAGAUCAGAGCGCGCGAGCGCGGGAGAGUGAGGGGAGCAGCGGGUCGCGCGCUGGCGAGUCCCGAGUGGAGCCGAGCAGAGCCGAACAGAGCCGAGCCGGCGGCGUGCCGGGGGUUUGCCUGAGCUUGGGCUCCAGUGCCCAGGCGGGGAGCGGUUUGCCGGGCGAGGCAGCGAGCGCUCCUCUCUCCCGCCAUGGCUGCGUUGCGCUACGCGGGUCUGGACGACACCGACAGUGAGGACGAGCUGCCGCCGGGCUGGGAGGAGAGGACUACCAAGGACGGCUGGGUGUACUUCGCCAACCAUACUGAAGAGAAGACACAAUGGGAACAUCCUAAGACUGGAAAAAGAAAACGAGUAGCAGGAGACCUGCCAUAUGGAUGGGAGCAAGAAACUGAUGAGAAUGGACAAGUGUUUUUUGUUGACCACAUAAAUAAAAGAACCACAUACUUGGAUCCUCGAUUGGCAUUUACCGUUGAUGAUAAUCCAAAGAAGCCGCCAACCAGACAGAAAUAUGAUGGCAAUACAACUGCUAUGGAAAUCCUUCAGGGUCGUGAUCUAACUGGAAAAGUGGUUAUAGUUACUGGAGCUAACUCAGGAAUAGGAUUUGAAACAGCAAAGUCUUUUGCCCUUCAUGGUGCUCAAGUCAUCCUGGCCUGCAGGAAUAUGGCAAGAGCUAAUGAAGCUGUGUCACGCAUUUUACAAGAAUGGCACAAAGCCAAGGUAGAAGCCAUGACCCUAGACCUUGCUUCUCUCCGAAGUGUGCAGAACUUUGCUGAAGUGUUCAAGUCUAAGAACAUGUUUCUACAUGUGUUGGUCUGUAAUGCUGCUGUCUUUGCCCUUCCCUGGAGCCUCACAAAAGACCAUCUCGAGACCACCUUUCAAGUGAAUCACUUGGGACAUUUUUAUCUUGUCCAGCUCCUUCAGGAUGUGCUGUGUCGCUCGGCUCCGGCUCGUGUUGUUGUUGUCUCUUCAGAAUCUCACAGGUUUACUGAUAUUAAUGAUUCCUCAGGCAAACUUGAUUUGAGCCUGCUUUCUCCAUCUAAGGAAGAGUACUGGGCCAUGUUAGCAUACAACCGUUCCAAGCUCUGCAAUAUACUAUUCUCUAAUGAGCUUCACUGCCGCUUGUCUCCCCGUGGAGUCACAUCUAAUGCUGUGCAUCCUGGAAAUAUGAUGUACUCAUCCCUUCAUCACAACUGGUGGGUGUAUACCCUACUGUUUACCUUGGCCCGGCCUUUCACCAAAUCCAUGCAACAAGGAGCCGCCACCACUGUGUACUGCGCCACAGCACCCGAGUUGGAGGGCUUGGGAGGAAUGUAUUUCAACAACUGCUGUCGCUGCUUGCCUUCAGCGGAGGCCCAGGACGAAGGGACGGCGAGGGCCUUGUGGGAGCUCAGCGAGAGGCUGAUCCAAGAACGAGUUGGCAGGCAGACCAGCUGACAGGGACCUCCUGUAAGGAUCAGAACACACCAAAUGUGUGUGUGUGUGUGCACAGGAGAAAACUGCCAACUCUGGAAUCUUUCCAAGCUGAUCAUCCAGAGGGUUUCUAUAGACCUCAGAUACAGAUUAGCUAGUGUUAAAUGGAAUAAUAGCAGUCACAACAUAGUGAAAAAUGUUAAGUACUAAUGGGAAGUGGGGAAUUCUGUAGGUUAAAGGGACAAUAUCUCUUUCCGGGGCUUACUUUUGUUUUUCCUUAGGAUUGUAGACUUUGCAAAGUAGAACCCUCAGUGAAAUGUGGAGUAUCUAUCUUUUGUGUUACUUUAGAAGUAAGUACAAGCCAACUUUUCCAUUUGAUUUCCCUGGCUGUGUUCUGCAAAUCACCAACACAACUCCCCCCCCCCUCCUUCCCCAGCCCCUUUGGGGAAAGAAAGAUCUUUGAGAAUCGAUCUUGAGCAGGAAAUAUGUUUUGUGCAACCUGACCAAAUUUGAUCAGGCUUGGCGACAGAAAG